UUUCAGGAGACAUGGAAACGUGUCUCUUCCCCCACAAGUGUGGUCUGACGGCUCCGUUAGUGAGACGGAGUGUCUGCAACUAACAUGACUGUACACAUUUUCUUUUCUCCUUUCUCUCUCUCUUCUCUCUCCUCUCUCUCUUCCUCCCACAGCGACCGGUCGGCUUGUAUCGGCCACACGUGCCAAAACGGUCGGAAAGUUUGGACUAGUGAUGUCGGGUGUUCCUUAUACGGGCCCCAUCCAAGUUGGGACUGUGUCUGCUUGGUUUGACAAAUCUGUGGAGUUUGUCAGCAUGUAUGAAAUUGGUGAAUUCAUCUACACUUUCUUCCGCGAGGUUCCCGGGGAGGCCGAUACAACUGUCAUACAUUCCAGAGUGUCCAGAGUCUGCAAGAACGACACGGGCGUCACGGACACCAUCAAUCCAUUUCGUGGUGACUACGAUAUCUUCACGACAUUCUUAAAGGCUCGAAUGACAUGUGUGUCAGGAGGAGGAGGAAGUGGAGAAAUUCCUUACUACUAUGAUGAACUACAGGAUACAUUUCUGGUAGAGAGUGAAAAAGAAGACGGGAGUUUGGAGAAGAAGCUUUACGCCAUCUUCACCGCUCCCAUGAACGGCCCCGUGGGCUCUGCGGUGUGCGUCUACUCAUUUGACAGCGGUGACAGUCUGGUGUCUGUGUUCCUUGGCAAGUACCUGAGGGAGACAACGCUGGAUCAGUUCGAGGAGGUGGAGAAUACCGAUCCAUUCUCCUGUACGACAGACAGGAGUGCAACUGAAGCAAACGAGCGCCAUCUCAUGUCGGACACAGCCCACCAGACCAGCGGCGACAGACUCCAUCUCCAGUUGACCGGAUACUCCUUCAAGAAGAUACUGGUAGCUGCUGUAACCGACUUGGCUGGAAAUACUCACGAUGUCAUGUACAUCACCAGCACCAAAGAAGGUUCUCUCGUACUCCUGAAGACACUGUACGACGCCACUCGGCAGGAAUCACUCGUCAUCUCGGAGCAGGAGCUGAAACUCUCCGAAGACACCACGACAACAGACGCGACCUCUGGUGAACCCCCGGCUAUCAUCCACAUGCAGUUGCUAGGCAACGGGACCGAUGCGGCGAGGGACGCGGUGUACGUCGGGACCACGGAGGCGCUGUACCGGUUCCCCGUCGCCAACUGCGGACAAUUCAGUGGCGAUUGCUGCGCGUGCGUGGCUUCUCGUGAUCCUCACUGUGCCUACGAUCCUGUUGAGAAUAAAUGUGUGUCUGUGUAUGGUGGAGUGACGGGAAUAAGACUCCUGCAAGACGUUGCCAACGGCGACAUCGCAGCGUGCUCUGCACCUCCAGGCAGCAACGAAACCACGCCCACCCCAACUAGAGCUGUCGACACUCCCGUUACCGUGGAAACCAAAACAGGGGAUCCGUAUUCCACGGUUGGAGCUAAACCGAGUCCGACAUCUGAACCUGUUCGUCCAUCACUGGGUGGAGUGACGGGGGAACAAGAAGCCUCACAGAGCAACUACCAAUGGACCAUCAUUGGCACAAUCUGUGCCUUUGUCGGCGGAAUCAUCCUCGGCAUCCUGGUCAUGGCGUUCGUCCUCAAGAACAAGGGCAGGUUCAUUUGGAACAAGUUCAUCUCCUCUUCUCGCAGACCCACCGUCCAGAGCCAACCUGCUCCACCAUCUACCUCUAACAAAGGAGCCUGUAACAAAGACACAGACGGAGCUUCAAACUUCACCGACAAGGCCGAGAUGUACGAGAGGAACAACUGUGACAUGAAUCCCCAUGGCAACGCAGCCGCCGUUGUCGUCCACCUUGACCCAAUCAGCAACCUCCCGACAUACAUAAAUCAUCGUCACUAUGGCAACGGGAAACAAGGGACGAAAGGCAUCGAACCUCCACCUUACUCUCCUAACAAGCCGACCGUGUUGCCUAGCAACGGUGCAGCAGCGAUACAAUUGGAAAUGACUGACGGAGAUGCCACGCCCACAACCAGUCACCAUUCCACUCCGGAGCACAAGAGGAACAAACCUCAGCCCAACACUCCACCGGAAAACAAGACCAACAAACCCUCACCAACAAAGAAUCUUCCUCUCUCGACUCCGCCCAAACCGUCGACUCCGCCCUCCAUGCAAACCAUGCCCAAAUCAUCCCAGACCACUCCCACUAAGCCAUCAACUCCAUCAAAAGCCACGCCCCCAAGCCAAUUGUCUCCACUGACUCUAACUCCAGCUCACAAGCACCAGUACUGCCGAGCACAAUCCCACCCUCACCAUUACACCUCCUCACACCCUCACCAGACUCCGCCCCCCAGCGGACACUACUCCACUCUACCUCUGAAGAAGAAGAGACACUCUUCCACAUCUCAUUCGGAGACCACGCCCCCCAAACGACCCUCGUCAGUCGAGGGUCCGCCUAAUUUUUCCCUCCCGAGACCAUCUUCGGCACAGAAUCUAAACCACGUUUUCAGAGCUCGUAGUGCCACCAUGGCUACUGCCAUGACAAUGCCGACCAAACAAAGGCCGGGGAUGGUACCGCUGUCUCCAUUUAGUGCCCACCACCACCAAUCCCAAGGGGGAAUCCCCAGCUCUCCAUACAGUAACGGGGGAGCAGCUGCAGCUGGUACCCCAGUCAGCACCCCAUACAGUAACGGGGGAGCAGCUGCAGCUGGUACCCCAGUCAGCACUACCAGCUCGGGGGGCUCGCACGGUCCCUCGUAUUUCAAAUUCCCCUCCUCCCCGGGGGGCAAGCUCCCCGAGGGGGCACCAGCUGGGAUCCCCUUCAUACUAUAGGGGGGAGGGGUCAAAGGACCUCAACAUGAAAGCGACUGGUUACGCCGUUGAAGCAACUUCCAACCAAGACAGGGCAAUGUACGGACACAACGUUGCCACACAGUGCCACACCAUCGACAGGAAAAACAAGUUCCAGAACGGACGCACGCACCAACGGGGACGGUCGCCGCCGGUAACCAAUGGGACACACCCACACCCGGAAACGAGGUUAAUUGAAGUUGCCGGUGGUGUUGUGGGUUGUACCGAUUGCUGAGUGUCAGUUUGUCUGUCGAUUUUUGUGUAUCAAUGAAAAUUUACUUAGCUUUGUCAAAUUUGUGCUGUUUGGCCAUUCUACGUACGUAUGUACAUGAAAUUUGUACGUUUGUAAAAAGUUUUGUACCUAUCGUCACAAUUUUUCUCAGUUGCAAUUUUUUUCCUCCACUUCCAACAUUUUUUCAAGAUUUUUAAACCAUGUUUUCCCACAAAUAUCUGUCCCUCAUUUGCUGCACAUUACAGCAUUGAGUAUUUUUCCUCUUUUGCUGAAUUCAAAAACAUAGUAUUUUUUUGUACGAAAGCUAAUCAUGCAGUUCUUUUAUAAACUUGAGAGAGUUUUUGAAUCAAAUCUUGUAGCAGUGGAUUCCCUCCCAACCUCUUUAUCUCGGCUAAUAGCCUUGAGAAAUGAGAUAAUGUAAUCAUUACAUCACCACUAAAGAUGCACGUCUCAUUCCCGUACCUGGAUUCCAGAUCCUCCAAAAUAUGUCUCGUAUAGUCCAGAGAUCCUGCCUGCGAAUGGUAAAAGACCCUAUACACCUCUCUACCAAGGACACUUCCGUUUUAUUCACCUCAUACUAGUUGUGC